UGGCUGUCUUGAUCGAGAGCUUCUUGAACCUUUUCAAGCCCGAGUACGCUCUACAAUCCGUGGAAACAGUGGAGGACCGUGCUAAUUCCCAGCGAGCUCCGGUAUUCACUCUGCUGCGCGUGCAGGCGCUCACCACUUCGGGGAAAUAGGCUUAUUUUUGAAAGAGCUCGAGCACUGUGUCGGUUGUAAAAGCCAUUCGUUUCUGUUGUCUCGGAAAUGCAACAUGCGGCAAUAGUAAAUAGAGUGCUAUUAAUUCGUGUUUUAUAAAAACGUUUCCAAACGCAUAUUUAUGUUCGAUUUGAAGCAGAAUUGUUAAUAAUUUUUGAUGAUUUCUUUCAUACGUGCAUAACAGGAUUUACACAUGCAAUGUUGGAAUGCGGAGGAUUCCUCUGACAGUUCUCAGCGCGAGGGAUACGUGAUCGGUAAACAUCCACUUGUUUUUUUGUCGGGAUGUUACCAAUAUUUACACGUUAUAGACACGAUUUAUGAACAAAUGCAAAGAUAAAGAAUAAUUGUAAAUACCAAGCGCGAGUUCUUUUUUUGAACGACAGGUGAGGGUGUACUGCCUGCUGCCACUUCUGAGUGGUUGACGUAGACAACAUCGCAUUUUCAUUUGAUUCAUUCAACUUUUUGAUCCGAGGUGCCACCUUUAUUUCCGUAUCAUGUAUUCACAUUUCAAUACAAUUCCGCAAUUGAGACUCGGUUAGUGUAGCCUAAACAUCCAGCUUACUGCCCUCCUGUUAUAUCUGACCGAGGAGAAAGAACAGACCGCGCUGGGAGACAUGGCUAAAAACCUGUCGGAGGGACCCAAGGAGCCAGACCUGAAUCAGCUACCGGAUGAAGAGCUGCUGCGAUGCGGCAAGGAGGAGCUGGUCAAGCGCCUACGGAGGCUGGACAACGAGAAGAUGAACCUAAUGAUCGACCACGGCAACAUGAUGAAAGACGUUAACCGGAGGCUGCAGGUGCACCUGCACGAGAUCCGCAACCUGAAGGAGAUCAACCAGAAGCUCCAGGACGACAACAACGAGCUGCGUGAGCUCUGCUGCUUCCUGGAUGACGACCGGCAGAAGGGCAAGAAGCUGUCCCGGGAGUGGCAGCGGUUUGGCCGGUACUCCGCAAGUGCCAUGUGGAAGGAGGUGGGUACCUACCAGCUAAAGCUCAAAGAGCUCGAGACCCACCAGGAGAGGGUGGUGCGGGAGAACAUGGACCUGAAGGAGAUCAUCCUCAUGCUGGAUGAGGAGAGGAACGGAGUCGGUUCCCGGAGCUCCAUAGACUCCCAGUCCAGCCUCACCAACCUGAAUGGCGGGACUGGGACAGUUCGGGAUGUCGGGGAUGGCAGUAGUACCUCCAGCACUGGGAGCGCAGGUAGUCCCGACCACCACCACAACCACAACAGCCACAACCACAUACACAAGCUGCCCGCGGAAAGGGAGGGCAAGCUGGGAGGCACCUUCCAGAGGAGGUCCAUGGAUGACCUGUCAGCACCACACCAUCACAGGAGCAUCCCUAAUGGACUCUGUGACUCCUCCUCCUCUAACUACAUCAGAGAGCUGGAGAUCAAGAUGAGGAUAUUGGAAGACGACAACAACAAGCUUUUAACUCAGCAGUGUAACCCAGGGGACCUGCGUGUCCUGAGGAAGGGGAUGACCCUGUACCACUCUGAGUCUCAGCUGUCAUCCCUGCCACGACGCCAAGAUGCACUGCACAACGGCACGGUUGGUCGCCUCCCCACGAGUGAGUCAACCCCGGUAACAGGCUACCUGCCCUGUGUUCAGAAACCAGAGUCUGUGGUCCACGCUAUGAAGGUGUUGGAGGUGCAUGAGAACCUGGAUAAGAAGCAGGGCCCAGAGGACUACGAGGAGGAUCUGAGUGAGAAGGAGAAGGCCAUCGUCAGAGAGAUGUGUAAUGUGGUGUGGAGAAAGCUGGGCGACGCAGCAGGAGCUAAGCCGUCCAUCAGACAGCAUCUCUCUGGCAACCAGUUCAAAGGCCCUCUGUAGUCCACAGCAACCAGAGAGGAAGACCAACUAUGCUCACCUGACACCACCUCCACUCCUACUGCUUACACUACUCAUAACACCCUGUUCCCACUACAGUUCCCAUCACUAUUCCCCUGGGAUAUGGCUUUUGUCCAGAUGGGAUGCAGCUUUUGUCAGGAUAGAACCUCCGCAGCAGGAUAAUUAAGGUAGCAUGUUAGGAGAAUUACGUUUAGGUUAGCUAAAAUGCAACAAAUCCACUUUUGGCGUUAAUUUGACAAACUGUAUCCCUUCUAGAUAUGACCUGGUAUAUGUGACUGGACAUUAUAGGACCCAGGAAAGGCACAGAAUGGAUAUCGUCUCUCACCUCGCCAACUCCCCAUACAUACAUUUAUUUUGAACUUCCAGUGUUGAUAACGGGCAGCUACUUUCACUGAUUUGUCACGUUCCUCGUAUUAUUGAUUUGGGGAGAGACAGUUUACAUAGUGCUGAAGAUGUAACAUGUGUCUUUCCUACAAAGGCCCAAGAUGUAACAUGUGUCUUUCCUACAAAGGCCCAAUAUGUAACAUGUGUCUUUCCUACAAAGGCCCAAGAUGUAACAUGCGUCUUUCCUACAAAGGCCCAAGAUGUAACAUGCGUCUUUCCUACAAAGGCCCAAGAUGUAACAUGCGUCUUUCCUACAAAGGCCCAAGAUGUAACAUGCGUUUCCCAAAACGCCACACAGAGGGAACAUUCGCUAAGUGCCUUCGUUGGAGCAUGUUUCACACGGCGGUAGGAUCGAACGAUAGGCAUCGCUGCUCUCGGAUCAGCUUUCUUCCAUUCAAAUCUUACCUUAACAUUAGAAUUAUUCCACAAUACUGACGAUGGCUCAGCUACCUAGAGAUACCUCGAGAUAUUAUCACCUACGGCUGCAAAUAUUGAGGCGGCUUAAUCUAAUGCCUACCCUAUAACAAGGAGCUUUAUCAAGAUGUGGAACAUCACUGUGCACAUGUUAGGCUACACAUCAUUAAAUAUGAGGCACAAAUUGCAGACAGGAGCCAAAUAGUAAAAUAAAAUCUAAAUUGAAUGAACAUGAAAUUGUUUUCAGUAUCGUCGAAAUAGAAUGUAUAGUAUAUUCUGUAGGUGGGCUAUUAUAUCUUUUAAUGCUGUCACUUGUUUGUAUUAAUUGCAGAGACAUUGGCAACUUUGUAUUUGUAGUCAACUUCGUUCUGAAGUUUUCGGCGGUCACAGAGAGACGGAUAAACAUCUUGAUUCUUUGUUUAGUGGAGGUUUUCUGUGUAUAAAGUGACGUGGUAGGUAUCUAACGAUGUACAUUGCUGUUCACACGCAGAGCAGUCUGAUGCAGUCAGUAAAUAACAAGCGUUUUUCAAGUACAAUUUUAGUAACGUUGGUUUUGGGAAACAGCUCUUGAGAUUUAACGAUGCUCCUACGAAGUUACUAACAAUGAAAUGAGCCUUUAGAUGCUCUUGGGAACCUGGGCCCUUUUGUUUUGUUUUAUGCUGAAUAGAAACCCAGAUGAGCUCUAUAAGAAGUCCCCUAGAAUAGGACCAGUGUCACUUUAAACCAGUAGAGCUGCAUGGUUACUAUAGCAGGGCUUCAGGUCGAGCUGCAUGGUUGCUAUAGCAGGGCUUCAGGUAGAGCUGCAUGGUUACUGUAGCAGGGCUUCAGGUAGAGCUGUAUGGUUACUAUAGCAGGGCUUCAGGUCGAGCUGCAUGGUUACUAUAGCAGGGCUUCAGGUAGAGCUGCAUGGUUACUAUAGCAGGGCUUCAGGUAGAGCUGCAUGGUCACUGUAGCAGGGCUUCAGGUAGAGCUGCAUGGUUACUAUAGCAGGGCUUCAGGUAGAGCUGCAUGGUUACUGUAGCAGGGCUUCAGGUAGAGCUGCAUGGUUACUGUAGCAGGGCUUCAGGUAGAGCUGCAUGGUUACUAUAGCAGGGCUUCAGGUAGAGCUGCAUGGUUACUAUAGCAGGGCUUCAGGUAGAGCUGCAUGGUUACUAUAGCAGGGCUUCAGGUAGAGCUGCAUGGUUACUAUAGCAGGGCUUCAGGUAGAGCUGUAUGGUUACUGUAGAAGGGCUUCAGGUAGAGCUGCAUGGUUACUAUAGCAGGGCUUCAGGUAGAGCUGUAUGGUUACUGUAGAAGGGCUUCAGGUAGAGCUGCAUGGUUACUACUAGCAGGGCUUCAGGUAGAGCUGCAUGGUUACUAUAGCAGGGCUUCAGGUAGAGCUGCAUGGUUACUGUAGCAGGGCUUCAGGUAGAGCUGCAUGGUUACUAUAGCAGGGCUUCAGGUAGAGCUGUAUGGUUACUGUAGCAGGGCUUCAGGUAGAGCUGCAUGGUUACUAUAGCAGGGCUUCAGGUAUGAGCUGUAUGGUUACUGUAGCAGGGCUUCAGGUAGAGCUGCAUGGUUACUAUAGCAGGGCUUCAGGUAGAGCUGCAUGGUUACUAUAGCAGGGCUUCAGGUAGAGCUGCAUGGUUACUAUAGCAGAGCUUCAGGCCGGGGCAACAUGUGUGAUUUUAAAAAAAAUCCCCAAACGUCCACAAAAGUAACGAUGUGAUAACAUCAGAUAUGGUUUGAUAGUACGUUUUGGGUUACAAGUGUCUCGUAUGCACAGAUCUAGGAUCAGCUUCACUCUCCUUCAACCCCGAUCUCGAGCAUUUAGAGGUCACAUACAGAGCUGACUGUGGAUCAGUGUCUAGGAACAAUGUCAUCCCACUCCUUCAUAGUACUUCCCAUAAAAAUCCAACUAGCUUCUCUGUCAGUUUUGUCUCUCUGGUUGAUUACCAUAAUUAGCAUUAGCUAAUGCUAGCAUUAGAAUCAUUUUAAUUAGCGUCCAAAGUGUUAAUUUGUGUUACCCACUGUGACGUACAUACCUAGCGCCCUGUGCUCAUAAGAGAUGUCUAUUAUUAACACAAAACUAUAGAGAUCACUUUUAAAACGUGUGUAAAAUAUGUAUAAAGACAUAGCAUUACUGUUUAUCGUUUAUUUAGACUUUUUGUUUGUUAUUAUUCUAGGUUGACCAUGUGAUGAAAUUGACUGUUUUAUGGGUUUUAUGUUUUACAAAAGCACUCAGUCCAACCGUAAAUAGGGCCGUUUCUAUGGUAACCACUCAUAUUUUUGCUGUAUUUUGGUUUUACAAAUUAUUAUUUUAUCUCUUCAAACGCAUCAAGGCCAUUUGGAAUCGAAACUGCCUCAGCCAAGAGUCAAUGGAGCGAUCUUAUUUUUUGAGGAAAAUGUUUUUACUAAAAUGUACACCGUUGUGUAAGACAAUCAUAUUUCUCAGGUUGGGAAAUAACGAGAGCUUUACCCCAACUCUUCUUCUGUGACUCUGAAGACAGGAUGGUUUGUAGUCUUUCUUUCUGUUGGUCAGGCAUUAUACUGUAGUUCUCUGUAAACAGACUGAGGACACCUGCUUCAUACAGGGUUGGAGACUGCAGAACACAUUUGCUGCAUUCAUUUCGUAUGAAAUAAUGUUUCAGAAAUAUUCUGUGAAAUUUAAAAGGCUUUCAUGUUACUAUCAUAAAGGGAAGAUCAGACUAAUUUGGCUAUCUACUGUAAUAACUACUAAUCAAACUACUGUACAACACCAUGUUUAUUGAAAGCUACAAAAUAAAUGGAAUGGUUUAUAUUUUUUCAAUUAGCAUAAUAUUAAUUCCGCUUUUUAGCCACGGUGAAUCCAGGAGAUGAGUUUCAGCAGUGAACUGUGCAUGUUUUGUAAAAGGAUUUUCUGUUGGAAUGUGAGAAAGAGCAAGUCUUCCCUUAGAUGUUUUUGCGAUACAUUUUAACAAGUUAUUCCUUGACGAAAUCAGAUGAAAUAAGAACUGUUAUGAUCAAACUGUUCAUUGCCAUGUGUUUAGAUAAGAGCUCUCCCAUUAUAGGGCUGCCAUGUGAUUGGCCCGUUCAUGAUUUUAACCUAUCGGGAGAUUUUGAUUGGUAUCCAAGCCUUUUGAUUGGAUAAUUGGUUAAUAAGUCACUGAUUGACAGCUCAACCUCUCCUGACACUAGUAUUUCUUGUUCCUAAUUAGAACAUCAUUGAGGCUUCAGACUGUACAAUCUCACGGUUCUGCCUCGGUUCUCGCUAAUGGGGUCUAGUACAAAAAAUAAAAUCAAAGAAUAGAU